UUUCCUGCUUCAGGGUAUAGAAGAGUGAACAGGGAAGUGCAACCCAUGGAUAACCUGUUUUACGAGCAGCAAAUCGACAUGGUAAAUCCCAUCAAUAUAAAGGUUGCAUUUCUUUCGAUAUUUUUAGUUGACACAAAACAUUUGGACCAUUGAGAUCCCCCGAUCGAAAUUUUCAGUUUGUUAUUCAAGGAAAUAAGAAAAAAAAAAUGACAAAACUAUCGUUGGUUGUGUUUGUUUGGAUUUGGCACUGUGCUGUCUAUGGCCAGUUAGCCCUAAAUAAUGUUGAUUACAUCCCCUACACUUCUACGUUCUUGAGUCAACCGACUAAACAAAUAAGAGCAGCUAGAGCAACUGGUCGAUUGGGAAAUCCACAGAACAUUAGGGAUGCUUUAAGUCUGAGUGCCAUUUCCUUACAACUAAAUAAACAAAUUGAAUCUACGACUGCCAGCAUAACAAGUCAACUAAAAGAUACGAAUGACAAAUUAGAAAAAACUAGCGCAGAUUUAUCCAGUACGCAAAAACAGGUUUCUGAUUUGAUGGAGGCACUGACAAAAGCAAAUGAUGCAACGAAAGCUGCACAAGCAGAUCUAGACAAAACUAACAGCGCUCUUUCACAAUGGAGUGCAGCACUGAAAGCAAAAGCCUCAAAAGAACUAUAUGGCGCCGUUUCACAUUUUACUGCAGCAUUGGAUGAAAAAGCCUUUAAAGAAGAAAUGGAUCACGCCGUUGGACAAUUGACUACAGCAUUGGAUGCAAAAGCCUCAAAAUCAGACCUGGAAGCAACGAAUUUAGAAGUUUCAAAGUUGAAAGUACUUACGAGUCCUAAUUCUAAUGGGUCAAUCCCCACCUCAUGUGAAGACCUCCAAACUUUCGGCUUUGUCAAAAGCGGAAUCUACUCCGUUAUGAUCAGCAAACAAGUCCAAAACGUCUACUGCGAUUUUUCUAAAUCAAACGAUGCAGGUUUGCAAAAAUGGAUUGGUAUCGUCGAUGUAAAAUCGGCACCUGUUUAUUUCCACGCUCAACGGACAACUAGCUAUUCGACUGUCGGCAGCGUCGUUCCAUUUGAUUCAAUCAAACUCAAUGUUGGGAAUGCCUUUGACCCUUCCGGAGUAUUCGUCGCUCCUGCACCAGGAAAAUAUUUUUUCGGUUUUUCGGGUCUUAGUGAUAACGGUGCCCUCGCAAGAGUUGUGUUGGAGGUGAAAAAUGCAAGUUCAUUGGAUUGGUCCAGAGUUGGAGAAGGGUACGGUGACAAUAAGUUUAAGACUUUCGCUUUCCACGCUACAUUGGAACUCCUCAAAGACGACCAAGUUAGACUGGUCUUGACUCAAGGAGCCAUUCACGAUAGCGAUAUACAUUUUUACACUAACUUUUUCGGUGUUUUUAUCGCGCAAAACGAAUUAACGGUUUAAUUCUUUUUUCUGUUCUGAAAAUUCCUAAUCUUGAGUAGUAAUUUCUGUCUUUAUUACUGGACAUCAAUGUUUUUCUUAGCUGACACAACAUAGUAGCUCACAUUAAUUGGUUAAUGAAAACUUUUUCGGAAAUAUACGUGAGAGAAGAAUUAAAAUGAGCAGGACCA